AUGUGCUAUUUGACAGUGGUGGUCCUCAAAGCCAGACACUUGCCGAAGAUGGAUAUCACCGGUCUCUCAGAUCCUUAUGUCAAGGUGAACGUCUACUACGGCAGAAAGCGCAUUGCCAAGAAGAAAACCCAUGUGAAGAAGUGCACUUUGAACCCAGUCUUCAAUGAGUCUUUCAUCUACGACAUCCCCACUGACCUCCUGCCCGACAUCAGCAUCGAGUUCCUUGUCAUCGACUUCGAUCGCACCACCAAGAACGAGGUGGUGGGGAGGCUGAUCCUGGGGGCACACAGUGUCACAGUCAGCGGUGCUGAACACUGGAGAGAGGUCUGCGAGAGCCCCCGCAAGCCUGUGGCCAAGUGGCACAGUCUGAGCGAGUACUAAUCCUCUUCUCCUUGCCUCUAACCCCAGGGCCGGGCUGGGCAGGGAUGUGGCAGGGAGAGAGAGAAACAGAGAGAAGCGGACUCAAAACCUCAUUUUAGCUGUAGAAGAAAAUUUCUUACAAAACAAACCCCACAAAGAACACCCCACAUGACCACAGCUGCAGAUCAGUUCUUAGCGAUGAUGAUUUUUCUCCUUUGCAAGGCACUAGGAAAUCCCUUUUUUUUUUUUUAAUGGGGGAAAAAAAGAGAGGGAAAGACCUCUACAAGUCUAUAUAUAAAAAUGUAACCUUAUACUUGCAUGUCUAACACAAACUGAAGAAAUUAGCCUAACUGCCAACAUCAAGGUACAGAUUUUAAUCCAUGAAAAUUGUGUUUUGUGCCGAAUUGUAUUUGCUGAUGACCUGAAAUUGGUCUCUUUUUAUUGGGCUUCUCUAGAGAGUUAUUUUCACUCCCCACCUCUGUGGAAGAAUCUUUUGCUCUUGUAAAACCUCAUGUUUUUAUCAUCCCCAUCUUUUCUCCCUGUUACCUCUUACAUUUCUGCUCUUUGACUGAGCACAAGGUCCAGAGGUCUGUAGUAAGCCAAGAAACAAAGGUGGAAUGGAUAAAGCAGGGUUUGCAGGAGAAAGAGUACUUGAGAAAUGAGGUAUGUUUGUUAUUAGCUCUCCUGCUAUGAAUGGGUAAAAGGCAGUCCUUGAUUAAUUUGUGAUCAAGUACACGAAGACAUCAGACUUUUAGGUAGAAUAGAUGACUUGUCUAAAAAGAGCUUUGGCGACUUCAAAUUCAGCUACAGGAUAGUACCAAUGAAUACAUCCAGCUGAUCCCAAAUGUAGGUAUGAAGACAAGGAAAGGAAAAUGAGAUGACUGCCAUCUCCCUUUGUAACUGUGUCUGGAAGGACAGCCAUUCGUUGGUUGAUGGGUUAGAAAUCAUCAGAGUUUUGAAGGAUUAAACUGGCCUUUGUUUUUCCAGAAAUGCUGAAAACUGAGAAGCUUUAGAGUCUUCUCAGGUAGCUUAGAUGAGGUUAGUUUUGCUUUAUAAGGAAAUGGGACUUCAGAAAUUAUUCUUUCUCCUUAAAUUUUUCAAUCAUGUCUCUUAAAAAUAACUAAAUGAGGAAAAUGAGUACCUGUGACUAAAUUAAUAAUAAAGAUAACUUGGACUUCUUCAGAACAUCCUUUCCCUGAAAACAAAGUGCUUAGUUCUUAGGACUUCUGAAUCUCAAGAUAAGAUGAAGGUGUGGGUAACCACAGAGUUCAGUUCUCCUUCUGCCAGUGGACAAUAGAGGUUGAGAGAGAUUCAGCAUCUUGCUGGGAUUAGAAUUCACAUCUCCUUAUUCCUAGACCAGCCAUGUCUCUUACAGUUGAGACCUUUCAGAUGGCAGAGACUUCACUGACAAUAAGUAAGCCUGGAUAGGCAGUAGAUAUUUUUGCCAGCCUGAAAAGGAACUCAAAUAAACAGCAGCUUGAACCAAGACCUGAAAGAUUAGCCAAGAUUGAAAUUCCACAUUCAUACAAGAACAUCACUAUCUGACUUGCUUCUGAGAAGGGAGUUGAAAAGCUGAGUCUCCGUGGAGAGAGUGGUGAUGUUGCCUUUGACAUUCCCUUAACUCUGUGGAUUUAAAACCAAUCUGUUCCCCGCCUACCCCCCAUUCUUUUUUUUUUUUUUUUUUUUUAACCUGGAUUCUUGACAAUGCAGAGCAGCAGUUCUGAGCAGGCACAAAGCCCACUCUCUGUUCUUGUCCCUGUCAUCCCACAUCCCCCAUAAUCUGACUCACAAUCUCAUCAUCAGUUGGGUUCACACCACCAGUCUCUAUCCAACACUCCAUGGAAUGUAAAUACUGUAUCAUACGUAGAAGAAAAUAAUUUUUGUUUUCUAAAAAUGCAUUUUGAGAUAGUUUCAUGUAAAUCUGACAGGAGCACUCUGAAGCCCCAUUAGGAAAAAUUUUAAAUGGUUCCUCUUCAUCGCCUUAAUGUCUAAAGAUCAGAAAUCGCUGAGCAACCCGCUUUUGUUUCCUUCCCAGAAACAAUGCAAAGCGACAGGUGGAGAUAGUCUGGCCUUUGCCCUGCUGUGUGUGCCUCUGUAGCUCCUCCUGACAUAAGUCUGGGAAAGCAGCCUCACCCAACUCCUCUCUUCCCCACCUCCUUGUAGCUUUAUUCCUUGCAUUCUUUGGGUCUACUGAGCAGUGGGUGGUGAGGUGGCAGGGAAGGAACCAGGAGUUCUGUAGCCUAGGAGCUGCCUCGGUGUCUUUCUCAGAAAAAUGGCAAAGAGGCGGACAGUACAGGGUUCCUCCCUCCUACCUCAGGCCUGAUCCAUCGUGCCCUUGACUUUGCUGUCCCAAAGUUUCUUAGCUGGCUUUGGCUUUCACAUUUGUUCCUCCCAGAGCUAACUGAUAAGGGUGGAGGAGGAAUGCCUAUUCCUAAGAGUCAGUUAAAAGACAAGAGAGUCACAUUCUAGCUUUUGCACAAGGCACUCAUGGUCAGGAAUAGGUUAGGGAAUGGUCACUUCUGAUUUUCCAAGAGUCAGUCCUUCUCUGCUGAUAUCUUGAUUCCUUUGGGAAGACAAGAGUUUUUCUUAAUAACAAAAGUCCCUUUUAUGAGUUAGUCCUUCCUUCAGUUCUUCUCAGUGGAGCACAGCCAAGAUGUACAUGGUUAUGAGUGGUGCUCUGGAUGUGAAAACAGAUAGAACUGGCUCAUGGGACAGGGGCGGCUUGCUCAGGAGAGGGAAUAAUGCAAGUCCUUUUUCUUGGAAGGCUUUUAUUAUGGCCACGAUAGUGACAUUGCCCUCACCGUGCUCCUUCUCCGAUGUGGUCGUCUUUCUUUACCUUGUGUCUUCUCUUGUAAAAAUGAAACUCAAAAAUAAAAUAAAUGUGUCAAAUUAAAAAAAAAAAAAAAAACGAAAAAGCUAACAUGAAUUGUGUGAAACUGCAUAAUGCUGUAACGCUAACCUACAAUAUGUAAUGCUAUCUUGUAUGUUGAAUUUGU